AUGUCAUACUAUUUUACGAUCUUGUCAUCAGCAGACGUACCGCUCUUCAGCCAGGCAUUUGGGACCUCAAAAGGGGGCGCAGAUGGCAUUGCUCGAUUCCGAUAUGCUGAUAACGAGAGAUACAUGAACCAGUUCAUUAUACAUGCAAGUCUGGAUAUCGUUGAAGAAGUCCAAUGGACUAACGGCGCCAUGUACCUCAAACAUAUCGAUACCUACCCACCAGCCUCAGCAUAUAUCUCCGCUUUUCUCACAGGAACAGGGGUGCGGUUUCUUCUACUACAUCAACCUCCACCGUCGACCUCUCAGCCUGCCACGGGAGGAUCCGGCAGUAGUGGUGGUGGUGGCUUGUCCGCUUCCGGUUUCCUCUCAGGGGCUUCAGGCUCAUCCCGAAGUUCGUCUUCGUCGAUAGCGCAUAAUCCUACCUCUCCGCAGACAGAAGAUGCGAUCCGGCAGUUUAUGAAUGAAGUCUAUGAAAAUUGGGUGAAAGCAGCUAUGAGCCCCUUUUAUCGUCGUGGCAUGGAGAUUACGAGCCCAGUGUUCCGUGCGAGAGUUAUGGCUGCGGGAAAGAAGUGGUUGUAA